AUGGACCUGAGCACGCGCGCGCGUUUGACCGUCGUGGGGCGAGGGCCGCACAAGCCGGCGCCCGCCAGAGCGGCCAAGAGCGUGCUCUCCAUACGCAGCCUCGUCGAAGACGACAACGCGCCCGGUGCAGAGAGCAGACAGUACGACACUACCGUGCUUAGCGACGGAAGUGACAACGGGACGUUCUACGAUGGAGAAUCCGUAGCCGUACACGAGGGACGUGCGCCCCCUGGACGAGUAGACGCGGACGCCGACACGGAGCCGAUGGGCGUGCUGGCAGAGGACAGCAGCCCGGCGCGCGCUGACCCGGACGGGCAGUCCGCGGCGCACCGCCAGCCGGAGGCGGCGGCGGGGGCGGCAGCGGGGGCUGAAUCCGCGGGCGAGCGCGCCGCCGCACAGCCCGAGUCUCCGCCCCCGCAGCCCCGGAUGCCCACCGCUACGGCGCCGGCCUCAGAGAGCCCUGCCCCGGCCGUCGACCACGACGGGGGCGGUAGCGGAGGCGGCGGCGGGGGUGGAGGCUGCAGCGACGUGGAGAUCGACGAGCUGGCGCCGAAGCGCAAGCAGCGCCGCUACCGCACCACCUUCACGUCAUUCCAGCUGGAGGAGCUGGAGAAGGCGUUCUCCAGGACGCACUACCCCGACGUCUUCACGAGGGAAGAGCUAGCGAUGAAAAUUGGGUUGACGGAAGCACGCAUCCAGGUGUGGUUCCAGAACCGGCGCGCCAAGUGGCGCAAGCAGGAGAAGGUGGGCCCGCAGGCGCACCCCUACUCGCCGCUGCAGGCCUACGGCGCGCCGCCGCCCGCCGCCGUCGUCGCGCCGACGCUGCCCAACCCGUUCGCGCACCUCGGCUUCGGGCUGCGCAAGCCGGCCUUCGACUCUGCGGGCGCCUUCCGCUACCAGCUGGCCGCCUACCUGCCGCCCCCGCACUUCCGACCGGCGCCGCCCCCGCCGCCCCACGGCCCGCCCCCGCUGCUAGCGCCCGCGGGGCUAAGCCCACUCGGCUACCACCACGCCACUGCAGGUUCCUUCCAGACACUGCUGGCAAACAUCUCGGCUGCACAACAUCAGCAGCAGCAACAGCAGCAGCGGCACAGUCCCAAAGACGAGUACCAGCAGGCGGUGCCCAACCCACCCCCGCCUCUGCCCCCGCAGCAGCAGGAGCAGGCGGCCACGGCGACGGCGCUCCUGGCCGCUGCCAUCGUGCCUCCCCCGCCGCACCCUCCAGGCCCGCCUACCAGCCCGGGGGCGGCGGUGGCGGCGGCAGCGGCGGCGGCGGCCGCAGCGGCGGCAGCUGCCGCCCCCGAGAUCGACCGCCGCAGCUCCAGCAUCGCGGCGCUGCGCCUCAAGGCGCGCGAGCACGAGCUGCGGCUGGAGAUGCUUCGCAAGAACGGAGACCUCAUAAGCUGA